AGGCAUGAUAAUGAUCAUACAUGACUUGUAUACCCUCGGGACCGGGAAUAUGGCGGUGAAAGUCGUUCAAGCGAGUAUCUGAAAUGUUUUGGAUUGCUUCGCUAUUCACAGUUGCUGUGAUUAUAAUAGUGGUCCUGGGCAAAUGUUUUCGCAUGAAUUCUCUACUCUUCCAGAUAGGGUACACCUUGUACAGUAAGACUCAACUUGGUUACUGGUAUCACCUGCAUCAACUCAACAAUUACAAGGCAACCCAUGACGAGCCCCACUCUAUAGCAUUACCAUGGAUACAUGAAGGUCUCAAGAUAAUCCCAGUACCGUUUCUGCAUGAUAACUACAGCUAUAUAAUAGUUGACAUCACGACAUCUUCAGCAGUUGUUGUUGACCCAUCAGAUCCUGAGGCAGUCAAGGAUGUUUUAAAUAAGGAAAAACUCCAGCUUGAAGCUGUCCUCACAACACACAAACACUGGGAUCAUAGUGGAGGGAACACCUCACUGAAGGCUGACUUUCCUAGUGUUGCAGUCUAUGGCAGUGAGCUAGAUGAUGCACCUGGUUUGACACACCUAAUCAAAGCCAACAUUACCACCAUCAAGAUUGCCUCCUUCAAGUUCACAGCCUUUUCAACACCAGGCCAUACGGCAGGUCAUGUGGUAUAUCUCCUUCAUGGCGCUGUGUUUAACAGUGUUGACUCACUGUUCUCUGGGGAUCUUCUCUUUCUAGGUGGCUGUGGGCGGAUAUUUGAAGGUGCUCCUGGUGAGAUGCUGGAGUCUCUACAGACCGUCUCCUCUCUGAAGGAUGAUACUCUUCUUUGGCCGGGACAUGACUAUGCAAUGAAGAACUUGAUGUUUGCAUUAACAAUAGAGCCCUCUAAUUAUCACCUCCGCGCUAAGAUGGAUUGGGUCGUAGAGAUGAGGAAUAACAAAUACAUGACAGUGAGUAUAAAUCACCAUCAACUAUUGGUGAAGAAAAGCUGUACAACCCUUUUCUGCGAACACACCUUGCCAUUGUGGGGUCAGCUGUAGGGUUCACACAAGAUGAUGACGUCAAUUUGCGAGCUGUCAGUGUGCUCAAGGCUCUCAGGGAAAGAAAAAAUAAUUUUAAGUAGAGCUAGAUGUAUUAUGUAUUAAUAAACAUCAGUAUGACUACCUGGUAAAUGGCAAUCUGCUAUGUAGUAAGAAAGCCUUGCCAACAUCCUCUGGAAACCCAUGUCUCUAACAUCCUGACAGAAAUGCCAUGCUGCUUUUCACGCACAUGCGUAUACAAAGAAUGGCAUACAGGGUGCAAGUUCACCCCCCUUGACCGCCAAAAAGUGGGUCAUUUCUUAUUGAAGGAUUGUUAAAUAUAUUGUUUUUCCAUAGACGACUGAAAAAUGGGUCAUUUCUUAUUGAAAAAUCAUCAUAUACAUUGUUUUUCCAUAGACAGCCAAAAAGUGGGUCAUUAUUGAAUGAUUGUUGAAUACAAUGGUUUUUAUUAUGCACCCCCCUUCACAGUAAAUCCUGGGUACGCCCUGUCCCAUCUCAACCCAGUAUAUCCCUACUUAACUUCAUUGAAAGGUGUUUUAACAAAGCUUUCUGCUGCAAUGUCUUGUAAUCAACUACACCAGAUAUAUAAAUUAUUUAAAGUUUUUAUUUUGUUUCCAAUGUCAUACUCACAUUAUAUAUGCAAGACUGCUAUUAAUGUAUAUAGUCACAGACUCCGUACCAGCCAAUCCUGAAAUCCCCAAAACUUGGAGAUUGUGAUUCCAAUACAACUGUACCAAAAAAAAUUGAUAAAUUCACCUUCAUACAGUAAAUUUAUCGAGAAGUCAUUUUUUGCCACUUCAUUCCAUAUAGCUAGACUUGCAUCAUAUUUAAAACCAAAGAUUUAUUGUACAUAUUAUUUGCCAUGGCACCAAUAAUAGCUCUGGUUGUAAGUAAUAAAUAAUGAGUAUUAAAGCGUUAUAACAUG